UUAAAUUGAACCUAAUGGGACGCGGAGUAAACAAUAUCCGGUGAUGAAAGUUAUGUCUUGUUUGAAGAACUAUGAGUAAAUACUUUACGAUAAAUUAAGUGAAAGUAGCCAGACCAUGAGUAAUGAAAUGCAUUUGUAAGUGACGCAUGCCAGUAAUUUGUGUGCCUGAGAAAUGCCACCUGUGUCAGGGGGGCCCUCCGGCUUUGGAGAACAAAUUGAGGACUAUGAAGUUCUCAAUUUGCUUGGAAAAGGAGGCUUUGCCAGCGUAUAUCGCGCAAGGUGUUUGAAGACGGGGAUUGAAGUUGCUGUUAAAAUGAUUGACAAAAAGUUAAUGCAGGCAGCUGGAAUGGUAGGUCGAGUGCGCCAAGAAGUUGCAAUUCAUUCACGCCUCAAACAUCCUUCAGUUCUGGAAUUGUAUACAUUCUUUGAAGAUGUAAAUUAUGUAUACUUAAUCUUGGAACUGUGUCAUAAUGGAGAAUUACAGAGAUAUUUAAAAAAUAAUUCCUUGAUAUUAGAUGAAGGGGAAGCCAGUCACUUUUUUUGUCAGGUUGUUCGGGGGCUGUUGUACUUACAUUCACAUAACAUUCUGCAUCGGGACAUAUCUUUGGCUAACCUGCUGCUGACCAAGGACAUGAGAGUAAAAAUUGCAGAUUUUGGACUAGCAACACAACUGUCCCGUGCAGACGAGAAGCAUCUCACUAUGUGUGGAACUCCAAACUAUAUCUCACCUGAGGUGGCAACCCGUAGUUCACAUGGGUUGGAGGCAGAUGUUUGGGGCCUUGGCUGCCUGCUGUACACGCUACUGGUUGGGCAGCCUCCUUUUGACACUGAUGCUGUCAAAAGUACCUUAACAAAAGUUGUGAUGGCUGAUUACAAGGUACCAUCACAUUUGUCAGUUCCAGCAAGAGACUUGAUUGAUGCAUUGUUAAAGAAAAAUCCGAGAGAAAGGUUACAGCUUCGAGACAUCAUGGAUCAUCCUUUCAUGAAACGCGGGUGUAUGCAAGAAUUGAUACAGCAGAAGUGCCUGCCGGGAGAUACGGCUGACAGUGGAAUGGACACAAUGUCGACGAAUACUCAUUCACAGGAAACAAGAGACAGUUUUCAGACUGUUAAUGAACAGGUAUCAUGUGAUACAUUACCUCCAGCUUGGAAAUAUCAUCCUAAAGGAGUGUGUGAAGCAUUAAAGACAGAUAUGCAACCGGACAGUAAUGAAGAAGCCAUGAAAAAGGAAACAGUUAAGAUUAUAUCCAGAUCAGAAGAAAAAUAUCAUGGCAUAAAUUCUUCAGAAAAAUCAAAGAAACCGAUGUAUCUUCGUGCCAGAUUUAAUCAUUCACUUUCAAAUCCUGGUGACAAAAUCUCUGAAGUGUUACCAACUCUUCCAUCAGUGCAGACUUCAGACCUUCAACAUUCCUCAUAUCGUUCGACUCUACAAGACAUUUUAAAUGCCCAGUCCCAACCUGAACAUUACAGUUCUAGAGGUGGAACUGGAUGUACUGCUACCAGUGUUAAUGAAGAUGGAGGUAAUUGCCUUGAUGAGGGAAAUGGUUGCAGUAGUAGUGGGGAAAGGGCUGUGCACUGGGAUUUGAUAUUUGGUAGUAAGUCCAAUCCUGAGAUUGGUUCUCAUCAUGGAGACUCUUAUAGUUGUGCGUCACACCAUAGCCAAUGCUCAUGUAAGCACUCUGAUGAUACCGGAAGGAUAUUGCAUGGCUGCCGCAUAGAGGAGUGUGGUCGUCAAACAUGUGACAAUUCUCAAAAGAGCAUGCUGAGAAGUGCCUCUCUCUGUCAGAAUCAUGUGACAGGACUAAAAGAAAAGGAUGACAAUGUGACUGUUCCCCAAAAUAAUGAAACUGUCAGUAGAGUGACAAAUAAUUGUUUAAUUAGGACACAUUCUGCUGAAAAUGUAACAAGAAAUAUUUCUCACUGUAGCAAAAGUAAUUGUAACUGUAGUAUUGAUUCAUUUCCUUCCACACAAAUUCAGAUGCACGCUACAGAUUCUGAACAGUUUCAGAAACAUUCACAGACAGGCUGCCGUGAACGUUCUAAAAGUGUUGAUAUGCCAUGUGUACAACGUUUUUCUCCUGUAAGGUGUUUCUGUGGUGUUCACAAUCACCCUAAAGGCCAAAACUGUGAGACAGGGGAUUGUCUGCAUUAUGCUUCUUCCUUAAGCAAUUUGGCCACACUGGAAUACCCUGUAGUUGACUCUCAGGAACUGACUUCACAACGCCCAUUAUCAGAGUUUGGGUGCCAGAGAAAUUUAAAUGAUGUGAAGUUACAUGGGGUUGGAAGUGAUGAAUUCUUCAAGAAACAUGACUUCAAAUAUGCAAGACUAGCAGAAUCUGUAAGAACUUUUACAGUGAAUAGUGUUGUAAGUUCUGAGCUUAAGACUGGUUCAAACUGUGGCACACCUUCUCCUUUAAGCUCUUUGAGAUUACAGCCCACACGGCAUCACACAAAAAGCGCCAUCUUGAGUAUUCUAGAGUCUGGAGAGGUCUGCAUUGAAUUUUUGAGGAAGAAAAGGGGAAACAAGGAGGACAGAGUUGUGGAUGUCUGCAGAAUUUCUGGUGAUGGUCUCAGGAUUGUGUUAUAUCGACCUAAUGGUGGCCUUGGUUGUGCUGUCGGUGAUUCACCUCCUGGGAUUCCUGAAGAAGGAGCAGAUGCAAUUUACAGUUUUGAGUCUUUGCCAGCCAAACACUGGAAAAAAUAUGUCUAUGCUUCAAGGUUUGUUAAUUUAGUGAAGGCGAAGACUCCCAAAGUCACCUUCUACAGUGAUAAAGCAAAAUGUUUGCUUAUGGAGAAUGACCCAGACCCAGAUUUUGAAGCGUGUUUUUAUGAAGGUGGCAAAAUUACUAAAGUAAGCGGUGAAUGCAUUAAAAUUAUUGACAGCAGUGGACAUAGUACAACGCUGAAGGAUGAAACAUGUGAACAUUCACUGUCGUCAUCUGCGAGACUGUUGUGGGAUCACUUUCGGCAGUGCUACCACCAUUGCAAGCUGCUGGAGUGUCAUUUGACACAGAUAUCUAACAAGGUGGCAGUCAAAGGAGCAAACUACUUUCCUAUAAUAGUGGGAAAGCGACCUUCUGUAUUUGGAGGAAAGGAGAACGUGGCCAGCAUCAAAGCUGAAAAACAAAUGUCACAUAUUCCAGUGAUGUCCUCAUGUGAUGUGUCAGUAGUGAGCACCAUUCCCACCAAGCACUGUGGAAGUGCAGUACAGCAUGGACAGAACAUAACUCCUUCCAGUAGAGGUGCUUCCCCGUCAUCUUCUCACCUUCAGUCGCUGAAAACAAUUAAAGCUUUUGUGCCAGGAGUAGGCAUGGCUGUGCAGCUUCCGUCUGGAGAGGUGCAGGUUCAUCACAACGAUGGCUCCGUUGUCACCAUCAAUUGCACAAGUAGUGCAGUUGAACUUGAGAGGCCCGGUGGACAGAUAAAGCAGUAUGGUGAGAAGGAUGUGCUUCCAGAUGAUCUUAAAAUGAAAUUAAUGCAGAUCCCCAAAGUAAUGCGGUAUCUCAUGAAAACAGACGGGAAGAUCAAGUCUCCAGUCUUGACAUCCAAGACCAAUGUAAUCAGAUGAAGAGCUAAAUGUGCUUUAUUAGUAAGGUGUGUAAUGUAUUUUAGAGUAAGGAAAUCUUCUUCAUGUCACUUCUGCUUUGUAUCAUACUAAAUACUGUAUUCUUAAGACUGAAACAUAGUUAUUGGAAAAUAAAUACUUUCCAAAUAUGUAAAACUGACCAUGAGGAAAGAACAUGACUAUUCAAAUGUGUGCAUGUGCGUGUGCGUGUGUGUGUAGUGUGUGUGUGUGGGGGGGGGCUACGGAUUGUUAGGCUGUAAUCAUUAUCUUUACGUUUAUCGAGCUUAAUUGAGCCAUGACUUCAGGUGUUUAGUUGGGAAUGAAUGCAGUCUAAGUUAAUAUGAUUGUAAUAAACAUAUAUUUUUAAGAUUAGAAAGAAAGGAAUAUUUGCUUGUUUACAAGGGCUUGGAGGCACUGUUGGAUGUUUCAUUUCUUUCUGUGGACUACAGCCUUCUUAUUGAGAAACUGUAUCAUUCAGACAAUCAGUUUUCCUUACUGCGAUCGAAGUGCUACUCAUGACGCUCUGUAACAAAAUCAUUGGUUCCAGCUAGACCCAGUAUAAUUCUAUAGGGUUCCAUCUUCUUGUGGUAAUGUACAAAUAAAAUGGUACCUCUAGCAACUUAAUCUUGUUUAUUACGUAUUUUGACCAACUUGGCUAUGAUUAACACUGCAGGCACUGGUAAUCAUAAGCAAUUGAGUGUCUGCAACCAUGCAGCUGUUUGCAAGUAUAUUUCAGUUUGAUUUCAGUUUUUUUAACCUCAUUUCAUGACCAUAAUUUAUUUUAUCAGCUUAGCUAAUCAUAAAACUAUCUAAUUACACAUAUAAACUCUCUACUUGUGAAAUGAGGCAGCUAGACAGUGUCUAAUUUACAGAAUAUUACAGUUUUUUAAUGCAUCGUUUAUUGAAUUAUGAAUUAAUAACAGAAUAGUUCAGCAUUACAUGUAUCUCUUACGAUUAUGAUCCUGUAACAAGUCAUGUGGAAUACACUAUGAACAUAAACUAUUAAAUGUGGGAAAAUUCUCUUGUAAUUAGAAGUCUAGCACUGUAACAGGUGUUUACAAAUGCUUUGAGAAUAUGAGAAACAUCACAUGACACAGUUCUGUCUUCAGACACUGUUUUAAUGUUUGUCAUAAAGGUUGUGGAAAGGGUCUUACACAUGUCUUGGUUGUCCAAGUCUAGCAUCUCAGAAAACCAAGCAACUAUCAGGGUCACAGUGUGCAGUGUGUGUUGCACACAUGUUGUGGACAUAAUGUAAUGAAGUAACAUUAUCAUCGCAGAUAUGUAAAAUGUCACAUUAAUUCAUAUGUGGAAUUUGUGUAUGUUACACAAUGCUUAAAGGAAAGGGAAGGAAGUGGAAUGGUUUAUGUACAGUUCUGGACAACAAUACACACCCAAAAAAAAAGUGUUAACUCCUAUGUAUGGAAUCUGUGGAAAAAAGUUUCAUACCUCAAAUUAAUUUUUUGACUUGCAUUCUGAUUUUGCCCACCCUUUUCUGUGUUGUCAUUUGUAGGGCCAGUGCUACAUCAUGGGCCAACCAAUCAGCUGCCUGGGGCAGCAAAUUCUACAGAAUUUGUGUGUGUUCAAUGGGAGUUAAUUUUUCCCAAUUAUUUGUUUACAUUGUGACCAUGCAUUGUUAGUAAACUAAACAUGUUAUGCAGCAGUGUAAAUAAAACUGUUCUAAGAAUUCCAGCACCAGUGACAAUUCUUAUCACAUUUUGAAACUCCUAAUCAUUGCGAUGAAGUUUAGGGAAAGGUCAGGGUGCAAUGGAAUUUCUUUUUACCUGGAGUGGCACUGAGGCUUGUGCUGGCCCUGGUCACUUUGUGUGGUAGCUUCUUGCCCUGAUAUCCUGUUGUUCUAUUGCAAGAUAUACUGAUGUUAUGUUGGUAACUUGUGUAAGUUGUUCUCUGUUCUCAUUAUUAUUGUGGAAUCAUUAGAAAUCUGUUGUGAUACUAGUGGUGUGUUUUUACACAGCAGCACACGAUGAUGAUAAGGGAACAAAAGAUCACUUCUUUGUAAUAAUAACCUAAUUAUUAAGUUUAGAGUCUAAAGGGUUCUGAUGAUGGUGUAUGACACUCAAAAUUACUGGGGUUUUGGACUUUGUACAUCAUCUGGUAUUCUAACAACUAUAGAACACAAUGUUUCAGAAACUGGACCAGUGAAUGAUAUUAGCUCUUUAUAAUGGAACCAACAGAGUAGGUUUCUCUCCCCUGACCUGAGGAUGGAAGCAGAUCUAGUUUUUGGAAUACCAGAUGAUGUGCAAAGUAUGAAAACCCAGUACUCUUGAGUAAUUAUUAAGUUUAAUUUGAUUUAUAAGUUUUUUUUUUCCCUUUGACCCCUUGUCCAUUCAACUUUGGCCCGGUUUUUUGUCAAGUAUACCAUUUUUAAAUGAUAUCUUACCAUGUUUUGCUAUGUUAUAAGAUGCAGGGCCAUUUUAAUUUUACUGCAUUCUACUAGGACAUGCAAAGGGUGAAAUAAUUAUAAAAUAUUAAUUUUGUACAUUAUUAAAACAUUCCUUGCCAUGGCAUUAGGAGUAGUUCAGUCCCCAUCAGCCAGCAAUUUUACCAAGUCUUUCGAAUUUUUAAAAUAAAUUUGCAAGAGAUUUUUAUACCUUAUAUGCUAUCAACCAGUAUGGUGUUAGAACCCCACAGAGCAUGCAAGCCAAGCAUAUGUAGCCUUCACUAAAGUGGCCAUUCAAAAAUGCACAUAAGAAAUGUUGAAGGUAAGGAGAGCAUUAGUAAUCCAGAUCUCCAUUAUGGAGAAUGGAAUGGCUAACCUGGUCAUGCAGGGGACCAGUGGAAAAUGUGUUAAUGCUUGAACUGUUUUAGUGCAAUAUUUAUAACCAUUAAAAUUUUCAAAUAAGGGUUAUGAAAAGAGAGAAUAAUGGUAAACAAUAACAUAAACAAUUAUCAAUCACUUGGUGUAAUAGCAAUUUGCUGACAUUCUCUCAACCCCUUGUGAUACUUCCAUUUUGAGCUUCUCAUUGCAAACUUGCUGUAAAGUGCACUUUUUCUGUACUAAUAACAGACUUGCUCUGUACUUAAAAUAAAAUUGUACGAAUUA